AUGGAAAACGCGCCACCUCCGCGUAUAGGUUCUGCUGCCACCACUACUACGGCUGAAUACGUCGACGCGCAGGAUAUCUGGGUCUCUCCGCCCUCAACCCUACACUCUUCUUCUCGACACUCAUCUCGUGUCGUUAUUCCUCCGGUCUUUCCUCCCCGUCGUGGAUAUCACCGAGUGGUCUCGUCAAUGCGCAAAGUUUUCUCCCGCAUUAUAAGACGAACGCAUAACAGCGCUCGGCAUGGGGGGCCUCCGACAGUGACCUCCGCUGGGGAUGCAGACGACGGCUCGCCUUUCCAGAUCAUCCACUUUCGUCCCUCAAGACAGCCGUUAUCGCGGUCCACGAGCACCCAGCGUCCGCAUCUCAGUCAGGAGCUCGAGAGUCAUACUGGCGGGGAGACUUCAUCACAUGCUGAACCUUCAUCGAUCUCUACUCCCCGUGGUCGCUCCCGCACGCGCAGACAUGUUGCGAGCGUCUUGGGCGUGGACUCAUCGCCAUCUACGUCCGUACGCCAGCCCGCGCCCGUGCCCUCGGCUAGUGCCCUGUCAGCGGAUCUGACCGCCCUUCAAUUCCCACCGACGCGGUUGAGCUCUCAAUUUGCGACGCGAGCGACGACCCCGCACGCGUAUAGCUCGGAGCAGUUCCUUGUUUUCGAAUUAUUUGGCGAUCUCGCAUUCAUCGAUGUGAAUAACACAUACCAGGAAACGAUACGUCUUGCACGCAGAGCCUUUCCUUCGCUUCAAGACGUUCACGACGAGCGCGUGCUCUUCUACCUCCCUUGCGGUCCGGGACCGGGUGAUCGCGCUCGCGUUCCCGAAGAUGCAUGGGUCGGCCUCAUGCGACGCAUACCGCCCAGUGGGCGAGUAUUCAUCGAAAUCGCUCCUCCACCGCCCAAUACACGCAACUCUCAGCCUGAUCAAGCGCUGUUGAGCACGGGUGAUGACACAUAG